UGGAAGCCCGUGAUUGCAUGAAGGUGAAAAGUACUGCGUAGCUGCAAUUUGUCUGCUGUUCCUUAUUAAUAUCCAAUGUUAUCAUCCACUGCUAAUUAUUAUUCAGACAGCAUGCUUGAUGGCCCCUCUCUCUUCAAGUCUUCACCAAUCCCCAGUGGCCUCUUUGUAUUGAGGAUACAGAGAGUUGCGCCUCAUUGGUGGGCAUGUGAAUGAGAGCAUGCUAAGACUCAGAGAGCCACAGACAGACUGUAGACACUCUGGAGGAUGCUUGAGUAACACGCCGUGAUCAUGCCAGCUUGCCCACUAUCAAAAUGACAUCCAAGUAUGGAUAUGGAUCUUACUGUUUUGGGUUCAGUGUGGCUCAGAUUAGUUGCAUGUGUCUUGUUUCUUCUUCUACAGUGGACAGAAAAUUUAACACUUCCCAAGACCUCAACGCUCUGCCUGGACGAGCCUUGCCAAAACAGGGCAGAGUGCAGGGAAGCCCCAUCUGACUUCCUGUGCCAGUGUAUGUCGCCUGCGCCAGUCCUGCCCAGCACGCGUUGUGAUUCUUCCAGUGCGCUCUGCCAACUGUCCAUCUGCCAGGACAAUGCGACGUGUCAGCCCACCGGUGCCCACCCGGGGGAACUAGUUUGCCAGUGUGAACCCAGCUUGUUGGGGCAGGAAUGUCAUAGCAGUGCCCAGCUUUGCGCUCAGGGGCUGUGUGGGGACACACCCCAAUGUCUGGCAGUGCAAGACGGGAGCCCGGGGUACGCAUGCAUCUGUCAAGAGGGUUACACUGGGAGUUCUUGCGAGAAAAAGGUGAACCACUGCUCCCCCAACCCCUGCCGCAACCGUGCCAUCUGCCGCAGCAGAAGGGACGGUCCCACCUGCUUCUGCGUGCCGGGAUUCCAGGGUAAACGCUGCGAGAUCGAGGUGAAUGAAUGCGUGUCGGGGCCCUGCAGGAACGGAGCCACCUGUCUGGACAAGAUCGGGCACUUCAUCUGUCUCUGCAGGCCUGGAUACACGGGCAGCAGCUGUGAGGUUCAGAUUGAUGAGUGUCAAUCACAGCCCUGUCUCCACGCCGGCAGUUGCCAUGACCACAUCAAUGGCUUCUCGUGUACCUGCCUGGCGGGCUUCCAGGGGGAGCGCUGUGAAACCAACAUCGAUGAAUGCAGUGCCCAGCCAUGCCAAAAUGGGGCUCUGUGUGUAGAUGAAAUAAACAGCUACAGCUGUGACUGCUCACAAACUAACUACACUGGUGUUCACUGUGAGAUCCCGCCUCCUCCCUGCUGGUCUCAACCCUGCCUCAACGGCGCCCUCUGUGAGGAUGAAAAUGGGAACUACACCUGCAGUUGCUGGCCAGGGUUUGAGGGUCGUAACUGUGAGACCGACGUUGGUGAGUGUGAUAGCAGUCCCUGUGUGAAUGAAGGCACUUGCAUUGAGCUCUCUUGGAAGACACUUUAUGGCACUGAGCCCUUGUUUCCUACUCGAUACAACCCCAGGCAUGCUUCCGGCUUCAUCUGCAAGUGUGCACCAGGAUUUUCAGGUACCCUGUGCGAGCAAAAUACCACUGCUUGUGCCACCAAUCCGUGUCAUAAUGGAGCCAUAUGCGAGGACUUCCUGGUCAGCUACAAGUGCAUCUGCCCGUCUGGAAGCCAAGAUGGAAUUCUCUAUGGUGGCCGCAACUGUAGUGAGCCCCUGGUGGGUUGCGAGGGUCACGAGUGCCAGAACGGGGCAGCCUGCAUGCCUUUCCUGAGCGAAGGUGUACAUGGCUACAGUUGCAUCUGUCAGCCUGGCUACAUCGGCCCUUACUGCCAGACGCCCACAGUAUUCUCCUUCGAGAAAAAUGGAGGAUUCCUGCACCUGCAGACCCCGCAGCUGGGUGCAGAAACAUACUUUAAUAUCACGCUAAGUUUUCGCACGGUGCUGAAGAACACAUUGCUCUUUCAGAGGGGCAGCGAAGGGGUCACCCUCAGCCUGGAGGUACAGGAGACACACCUGCUUCUUGAUCUUAGGAGUGACCCUCAGCCAAACGCAACCAGCUGGACUCUGACACUGCCUCAGGAUGUAUCUGAUGGCGAAUGGCACUCUGUAGAGGCUGUGCUUGGAGUAGGCACCCUGCUGCUACAACUACUGGAGCCAUGCCAGGAUGGAGAUAACUGUAGUGUAACAGCCCAAGUAGAGACUGGUGCCCUUGAGCUGGAGUCAGCCCUGCAAAGCACCUUUGUUGGAAGAUCAACUGAGGGAGGGGGCUCUGGCUCAUUCAUAGGCUGCAUGAGGGACUUGUUUGUGGACUCACAGCUGAUGGUACCAGAGGACUGGUUGAGCAGCUCAGUGGUGGAUGUCAAGCAAGGCUGCAGCCAUCAUGACCGAUGCCUUUCUGGUCCAUGCGAGAACCUUGGAGAGUGUGUUAACCUUUGGCUAGGUUACGAGUGCUUAUGUCUGCGACCAUAUGUAGGUCAAAACUGUGCUGAGGAGUACGUUACUGCUAGAUUUGGCCAGGAAGACUCCGCAAGCUAUGCCGUCUUCACCAUCACUGACCAACUGGAAUCAGAUAAGCUCUAUCUGUCCAUGUUCUUGCGUACACGGAAGGAGUCUGGUCUUUUGGUGCUGCUUGCCAACAACACCACUGAGUACUUAAAGAUGUGGCUGGAAAAGGGAAAACUCAUGGUGCAAGUCAACAACUUGAAGACUUUAAUGGGUAAAAGUGAGGUUAAUAAUGGUGAGAUCCAUUUUGUCGGCGUCACCAUUAGGGAUGGUAUGAUGACUCUACAGGAGUCAGAUCAUGAAUUCACAGCAACAGAUGUUCAACCGGUUUCCCUUCAGCUUGAGGAUGUGAUCUAUGUUGGAGGACUGCUUGAUGGGCGUGAUACAUCUGCUUUUGGUGGUUAUUUUAAAGGGUGCAUACAAGACUUGCAGCUCAAUGAGAGGAAGCUAGAAUUUUUCCCACUUGAUGCUUCUGUGAUGUCAUACAGACCUGAACACAUGGUUGACGUUACCCCCGGCUGCACCAGUGAUGACUCUUGCUCUAAAAAUCCUUGCCAGAAUGGUGGAAUGUGUUUCCCUCUAUGGGAUGACUUCACAUGCAACUGCCCUCCCAGCACAGAAGGGCAGCACUGUGAGGAGGUGAGAUGGUGCGAUUUUGCCCCCUGCCCACCACAAGCAACAUGCCGGACCCUCAACCAGGGCUAUGAAUGCAUUUCAAAUGUGACUUUUCAAGACAAUACCACACUUGUAUACAAUGGGAAUGGUUUGAUCUCCCGUCACCUGACCAGCAUUGUUUUCAGUAUCCGAACACGUAAACACAAUGCAGCAGUGUUACAUGCGGAGAGUGGGUCUGACUUUGUUACAGUAUCCAUUCAAGAUGGCUUUCUGGUCCUAGAGCUUCUUAGUGGACCUUCUUCUUCAUCAUCUUUGUCGCUGGUAACACUACGUAGCCCAAGACCAAUGGCUGAUGGAGAGUGGCAUCCAGUAGAGCUGUUAAUGGCUAGUCCUUGGGCUAACAACUCCCAGUGGAUCAUGGUCACUCUUGAUGACAAGGAUGAACCUACUAUAUCUGACACCAUGACCGGAAAUCUAGACUUCCUCAGAGAAGGAGUUGAUAUCCUUCUGGGAGGACUUGGCCCAGAGUCUGACUUGAAUCUGAUUGGUUGUCUGAGUACUGUUGAGAUUGGUGGUAUUGUGCUCCCGUAUUAUGGUCCUGCCGAGGUUAGAUUCCCACGUGCACAGGAAGAGAAGUUCAAUAAGGUAGUGGAGGAACCUGUCCAAACUGGCUGUGUUGGUGAGGUGGUGUGUGAACCCAACCCCUGCCUGCAUGGAGGAAUCUGUGAUGACCGCUUCAACCUUUUCCAAUGCUUCUGUCUACCUGGCUGGGGCGGUGAUCGCUGCGAACUGAAUACAAACACCUGUGCCUCCAACCCCUGUCAACACGGAUACUGCAGUGUGCAGGACCUUUCUUACAUCUGCACAUGUGAGAGUGGCUACACCGGCACCAACUGUGAGGUGAAGGAGGAUGUUUGUGCCAGUCACAAGUGUGCUAAUGGUGGGACCUGCUUGCGUGGCCUCAACAGCUAUUCCUGCCUCUGUCCCGACAGGUUUACGGGGCCGUAUUGCAACACUCAGAUUGAAGAGGCUCCGUGGUACGUAGUUGUCAGGAGCGUACCGCCCAAGCUCCCGGUGUCCAUCUGUGGUGAUGAACAGCAGAACUACACAUGUUUCAAUGGGGGGAACUGUUCUGACACCAACAUGAUGUGUGACUGCCUCCCUGGGUUUUCGGGUCACUGGUGUGAACUAGAUCUUGAUGAAUGUAGAUCCAACCCUUGCUUGAAUGGUGGCUACUGCCAGAACAUGGUCAACAAGUUCCAGUGUGUCUGUGAAAUGACCUUCGCCGGCGAGACCUGCGAAGUCGACAACUGAUAUAUAUUCACCAAUAACAAAGAACUGAUCAACUCAUUGUGCAUCUUAAAAAAUGAACUACUCUUCUGUAAUUGUUUCUAUAUAUUUUAAACCAUCAAUGUCACGAUAGUUUAAAGUGUUCAUCUGUCUGUUAAUGUCUGUUAGUGUACAUCGUGUCUCUCACAUUCUGUCUUUAGAUGACUGUGUUCCAAUAAAACAUUUCUCUCCAUCCCAUCCAUCAUCAGUCUGUUGUUUGGUUUUGUUUAGCUGUCUCUCUUCUGUCAUUACACACCCAGAGACUGUGGCACAUCAUGGAGGUUUUGAAGAAUGUUGCCACAGAUUUUGAGAGACAGAGCCACUGAACUAGGGGCGGCAGACACAUCAGAGACACAACAGCACUGUAAAACCCAUGGCAGGUGUGUUGAGUCAGCAACUUGUGUGUAAUCCUGACACCACAGGAUGUUGAGACCACGCAGAAGUAUGUACUGUGCAAGUUUGAAACAAGUUGGAGAGGUUUUUUUCCAAAUGCAGCUUACAGUAUUUCAGUUGCUGUGACAGCUCUACUCAAGAGUUAAGGGUACACUGGAUACACUGUUGAUUGCAGGGGAAUCACAUCGAUUUGGUUUAUAGUUCACACUACAUGCAUUAGAUGCUACUAAAACUAUUUCAGUUCUUUAAUCGCUUGGUUUCUUUUAGCCUUAUUGUUUGACAAAAUUAUUAUACAUAAUACUCUUACUUGAUUGGUUUAGCCAAUGCUUGUCUUAAUUCAGGCUCUAAAAAGCAGCUACUUUUACUCAAAAAAGGGAUUGAAAUGCAUUUAAAAUCUUUUCCAGAUCUUUUUCUUGGCAAAUAUUUUUAUAAACGGAAUGAUAUGUGACUUAGUUGAAUAUAUGACAUCAGAACGCUAAACAUUAUUGUGACUGAAUGGGUAGAAAAGCCCCGAUCAGUUUAAUCUCCUCAAGAUGUCCUUAUAUUCAUCUUGCGAGCAGUGCGCAAGUUAAAGAUAGCCCCAUUUCAGUCUUUUAAUCCUGUCUAACAGGAUAGAGGAGGAUGAGAGGAUCUUAUCGCAAGCUAAGACACGUAACAGUGUCGCUCUCUGAGCUUUGGGGUUUUCUUAAGGACCUCUUAAGACUUCUGUGGCUUUAGUUCAUGUCUGCUAGUUUAGAAGCUAUGUAUGUUAGGGGUGGGCGAUAUGACCAAAAUCCUAACUCACGAUAUGAGAAUUUUUAU